UUAUUUUUGAAUAGUCUGGUAACAAUUGUGUUGGUUUCUGCCAUAGCAGAGUUAUUUUCAGGUCGGCCGGAGUGUCGCCUUCGAGGGAACGGCGAAACACAGUACGUGAUUGAAAUUGCUGUAUUCAACGACCCGUGCCUCACGCAGAUGCCUGCUCCAGGCGUGUUCCAGAACAGAAUUCGGAUAGGACAAAAUCCUGCAGUAAUUUUGCAAGGUGAUCAAACGCUCACUGUAAAAUGCGUCUACGGACUGCCUGAAGUGGAGACGCUACCACUACCGAUUGUCAGCCCAAAUUUCAAUAUUGAAAGCGGGGCAACCACAUCAGUGGGUCUUCCUUCUGGUGCCAUCAUUCCGACAUCUCACACUAUCACUGGCACUCUACCACAACCUCAACUACAACCACAUCCCUCCGCCACUGGACGAGCAGGCUCCGGAGGUUUAGAGAUCUCUGAGAGUACACAGGUUCGCCAAUCUGCUUUGUAAUG